AUGUCAACAUCAACAGCGUCAUCAUCGUCGUCGUCAUCGUCAGCCGGUCAGCACAUCAUGGACUCUGGAAACCCAAUGUCACGGCGCCGCGUCAGGCAACUAUCGUCAGUCAAGGCAUGGUGCCAGAUAUACGGCUUGGAAGCAGAGGGCGACGGCGACAUUGAAGCGUCCUCAUACCAGUCAUUCCCUGAUUUGCGCAAGCUUCUCGACGAGGAGUGCGCCGAGAUUGAGCGCAAGGAAUUGGAGGCCAAGGCCAGCAUGGAAGCGCGCAUCAGACGCCGGAACAGUGACUCGCUGAGCGACAUCGUGUCUGAAGGUGGGCGCAGCAGCAGUGGCUCGCCUCCCGCAGGAAGGAAUGGCGAGUUUGGUGCGUCUUCUCGAAUUAUGGACUCCCUGUAUCGCUUCAUUGAUCCCAUUAUACCUGCGCUGGGCGCCGGUGGAAACUCCAAGAGUGGCGGCAGCGGCGGUGCCCGUGCGUAA